AGGAACUCCAGUCUGAGCUCUCCGCCUGCGACAACAUUCACAGCGAGCAGGAUUCCUCCGCAUACUCCCUCAACCACUCCAAAACGGCGCAAAUUAACACCUGAAAACGGCGUUUGGGAGUUCACGUCAUCCCGUCAGCCUCCUCAAUCCUCGAAUUAGCCUCCAAAAAUGCAUGUGUGAAUAGUUGGAGCGGCUAGUUUGUCCUGGAAAACUCAAGUAAGGUCAUGGCGUCUACAGUGACUCUGGAAGAUGCUCUGUCCAAUGUGGACCUGCUGGAGGAGCUGCCACUCCCAGAUCAGCAGCCCUGCAUUGAACCUCUGCCCUCCUCUCUCAUUUACCAGCCCAACUUCAACACUAACUUUGAGGACCGCAAUGCCUUUGUGACAGGCAUCGCCCGCUACAUCGAACAGGCCACCGUCCACUCCAGCAUGAAUGAGAUGUUAGAAGAAGGACAGGAGUAUGCUGUGAUGCUGUAUACAUGGAGGAGCUGUUCAAGAGCCAUUCCUCAGGUGAAAUGUAAUGAACAGCCUAACAGAGUGGAGAUCUAUGAGAAGACGGUGGAGGUACUUGAGCCUGAAGUCACCAAACUGAUGAACUUCAUGUAUUUUCAGCGGACAGCAAUUGAUCGUUUCUGUGGGGAAAUACGUCGUCUUUGUCAUGCUGAGCGGAGGAAAGACUUCGUGUCUGAAGCUUAUUUGCUCACGCUGGGCAAGUUCAUCAACAUGUUUGCAGUGCUGGAUGAACUGAAGAACAUGAAGUGCAGCGUCAAAAAUGACCACUCCGCCUACAAGAGAGCUGCCCAGUUCCUGAGGAAAAUGUCAGAGCCUUCCUCCAUUCAGGAAUCUCAGAACUUAUCCAUGUUCCUUGCCAACCACAAUAAGAUCACUCAGUCCCUACAGCAGCAGCUUGAGGUGAUUAAUGGAUACGACGAGCUACUGGCAGACAUUGUUAACUUGUGUGUGGAUUACUAUGAAUACAAGAUGUACCUCACCCCCAGCGAGAAACACAUGCUACUCAAAGUGAUGGGCUUUGGUCUCUAUCUGAUGGAUGGAUCCAACAGCAACAUCUACAAACUGGAUGCCAAGAAGAGAGUUAACCUCACCAAGAUUGACAAAUUUUUCAAGCAAUUGCAGGUAGUGCCUCUGUUUGGUGACAUGCAGAUUGAACUGGCCCGCUACAUUAAAACCAGUGCUCACUAUGAGGAAAAUAAGUCCAGGUGGUCAUGUACGUCUGCAGGCAGUAGCCCACAGUAUAAUAUCUGCGAGCAGAUGAUUCAAAUCCGUGAAGACCAUAUGCGCUUCAUUUCUGAGCUGGCUCGCUACAGCAACAUUGAGGUGGUGACGGGUUCAGGGCGUCAGGAGGCCCAGAAGACAGACUCUGAAUACAGGAAGUUGUUUGAUCUAGCUCUGCAGGGCCUGCAGCUGCUCUCUCAUUGGAGUGCUCAGGUCAUGGAAGUGUAUUCCUGGAAAUUGGUGCACCCCACCGACAAAUACUCCAACAAAGAAUGCCCAGACAAUGCUGAGGAGUAUGAACGUGCCACCAGAUACAACUACACCAGCGAGGAGAAGUUUGCGUUGGUGGAGGUGAUUGCCAUGAUCAAGGGCCUGCAGGUGCUGAUGGGCCGAAUGGAGAGUGUGUUCAACCACGCUAUCCGUCACACCAUCUACUCCGUCCUGCAGGAUUUUGCCCAGGUUACACUCAGAGAACCGCUACGCCAGGCCAUCAAAAAGAAGAAGAAUGUCAUCCAGAGUGUCCUCCAGGCCAUCCGUAAGACAAUCUGUGACUGGGAUGCAGGCAGAGAGCCACAUAAUGACCCGGCGCUGCGAGGCGAAAAGGACCCAAAAGGAGGAUUUGACAUCAAAGUUCCUCGUCGUGCAGUUGGUCCCUCUAGCACUCAACUGUAUAUGGUGAGAACGAUGCUGGAGUCUCUGAUUGCUGAUAAGAGUGGUGCUAAGAAAACUCUACGCAGCAGUCUGGAGGGGCCCAUAAUCUUGGACAUUGAGAAGUUCCAUCGUGAGUCCUUCUUCUACACGCACCUGCUCAACUUCAGUGAGACGCUGCAGCAGUGCUGUGAUUUGGCCCAGCUCUGGUUCCGCGAGUUCUUCCUGGAGCUUACAAUGGGCCGCCGUAUCCAGUUUCCCAUUGAGAUGUCUGUGCCCUGGAUCCUCACCGACCACAUCCUGGAGGCUAAGGAGGCCUCUAUGAUGGAGUAUGUGUUGUAUUCACUGGACCUGUACAACGACAGCGCACACUACGCUCUCACAAAGUUUAAAAAGCAGUUCCUCUACGAUGAGAUUGAGGCUGAGGUGAACCUCUGCUUUGACCAGUUUGUCUAUAAGCUUGCAGAUCAAAUUUUCGCCUACUACAAGAUUCUUGCCGGAAGUCUUCUUCUGGAUAAGAGGCUAAGAGCUGAAUGUAAGAAUCAGGGUGCCAACAUCCCAUGGCCUACGUCCAACCGCUAUGAGACUCUGCUAAAACAGAGACAUGUCCAGCUCCUAGGUCGAUCGAUUGACUUGAACCGUCUGAUCACCCAGCGAGUGUCCUCUGCGCUUUACAGAUCCCUUGAGCUGGCCAUCAACCGCUUUGAGAGCGAGGACCUCACCUCCAUCAUGGAGCUGGAGGGUUUGCUUGACAUCAACCGGAUGACCCAUAAGCUCCUUAGUAAGUAUUUGACACUGGACAGCAUGGACGCCAUGUUCCGUGAGGCAAACCACAACGUCUCCGCACCCUAUGGCAGAAUCACUCUGCAUGUGUUCUGGGAACUCAACUAUGACUUCUUGCCCAACUACUGUUACAACGGAUCCACGAACAGGUUUGUUCGUACUGUGCUGCCUUUUUCACAAGAGUUUCAGAGAGACAAGCCUCCCAACGCCCAGCCCCAGUACCUGUACGGCUCAAAGGCCUUGAAUUUGGCAUACAGUAGUAUAUAUGGACUCUACCGAAACUUCCUGGGACCCCCACAUAUCAAGGCUAUUUGUAGACUGCUGGGAUAUCAGGGCAUCGCCGUGGUGAUGGAAGAGCUGUUAAAGGUCGUCAAGAACCUGCUUCAAGGCACCAUCCUGCAAUAUGUGAAGACCCUGAUGGAAGUGAUGCCCAAGAUCUGCCGUCUGCCUCGCCAUGAAUACGGCUCUCCAGGCAUUCUGGAGUUCUUCCACCACCAGUUGAAGGACAUUGUGGAGUAUGCUGAGCUGAAAACUGUGUGCUUCCAGAACCUAAGGGAGGUUGGGAAUGCUUUACUCUUCUGCCUACUGAGUGAACAGAGCUUGUCUCAAGAGGAAGUAUGUGACUUGCUUCAUGCAGCGCCUUUCCAGAACAUCUUGCCAAGAGUUCAUGUUAAAGAGGGUGAGCGGCUGGAUGCAAAGAUGAAGCGGUUGGAGGCCAAAUACACAGCGCUGCAUAUGGUGCCUCUAAUUGAGCGUCUGGGAACCCCACAGCAAAUUGCCAUCGCCCGUGAAGGUGACCUUCUGACCAAAGAGAGGCUGUGCUGUGGUCUCUCCAUGUUUGAGGUUAUCCUGACUCGCAUCCGCGGUUAUUUUGACGACCCUAUCUGGCGUGGCCCGUUGCCCAGCAAUGGCGUAAUGCAUGUGGACGAGUGCGUGGAGUUUCACAGGUUGUGGAGUGCCAUGCAGUUUGUGUACUGCAUUCCUGUGGGAACACACGAGUUUACUGUCGAGCAAUGUUUUGGAGAUGGACUGAAUUGGGCCGGUUGCAUGAUUAUCACGCUAUUGGGUCAGCACAGACGCUUUGAUGUCCUCGACUUCAGCUAUCACCUUCUGAAGGUGCAGAAACACGAUGGCAAGGAUGAGAUCAUCAAGAGUGUGCCUCUAAAGAAAAUGGUUGACAGAAUUCGCAAGUUCCAGGUUCUGAAUGAUGAAAUCUUUACCAUUUUGAACAAGUACCUGAAGUCUGGGGACGGAGAGAAUAUGCCAGUAGAACAUGUGCGAUGCUUUCAGCCACCCAUCCAUCAGUCACUGGCCAGCAACUGAGAUUACAGCACAUUUCCAUGAGUAACAUGAUAGGAAACAUAUUUAGCGACCAGAGUUUAAUCUCUAGGACCAGAUUCACUGUCACAUUCUACUUUUUUGCGUAAGCCUGCAGUGUUCACAGAGCCAGUAAGCUGCCUUGUGAUUUGUCAAGCAUUUGUUAUGCACCAGUCAUUUGUAACAUUAUUGGUUUUGCACAUGUCUCAGGCUUUGGUAAAUCAGGCCAAAAUAUAUUUUAAACUGAUGCCCACAAAAGUGGCCUGGUUUCACUUAGUGUAUUUAAAGUUGAUUAUGUACACACGCGUGCCUUAUUAUAGACAAAUGGCCAUUUAUCUUUUAAGUGUUUUAAGUGUAAUGAUAGCACAGUGCAUUUUUUUAUGUUUUAUACAUGGAGAAAGUUGGGAAUGAGGGUAUGAAAAUGGCCUAGUGGGUUUUAUCAAUUGAUUAUUUAAGGCUUGCUGUGGUGAGAGACCAGCUAUAUAUCUAUUUUCUGUGUGGUGUUUUUAAACAAUUUUAUGGUAGAUUUCUUUUAUUAUCCUGAAUAAAUCUUUAAGCAUAACCAAGUUUUUACUCUUUAGAAACCUGUGCCUUUUUGUAUUUGAAUUAUGUAAUCAGAUUUUAAUUCAAUAAAUAUGCAUCAAAAAAUGGUUUCUACAAGAUUCCUUCACAAAUUAUAUAAAUAUGUACAUAUUAGGUCAACAAGUUAACCCAAACAUUUUAAUUGUCAUCAUUUACUCAAAUAUGGUGCAUCAAGAAAUAUUGUGCCAGGUUUGACAUCAAUGACGAGACACACAAGCGUCUUUGCCGCACCAUAUUUGUACUUAAUUCAAUUGCAAAUCAGAUUUGAGUGCUACAGCAGAGUGGAAGUCUUAUUUUCAAGAGUUAGAAUAUUGUGCAGAAAUUGUAUGGAUUGCUUUUUUGGAGGUUGACAGCCUUGGUCUCCAUUUAAUGGAAUAGUUAACCCAAAAAUAGAAAAAUCUUUAAUUUAUUGAUCCUUAUGCUCUCUCUUAGCUUCAUUUUAAUUCUUCUGUGGAACACAAGUGGGGACUACUGAUAACAAGUUACAUUUUGGUCUACUUCUCAACUAAAACUGAUCAUAUCCCUUCAGAAGACAUAAAACCACUCAAUUAUUUUGAUAGAUUAACUUUAUAUUCUGCUUAUAUUUCCUUUUUGGAGAUUUAAUCCCAUUUUGGACCCAUUGACUUGCAUUGUAUGUAUACACCAAUCAGCCACAACAUUAAAACCACCUGCCUAAUAUUGUGUUGGUCCCCCUUGUGCCGCAUUCUGAGAUGAUAUUCUUCACCACAAUUGUAGAGAGCGGUUAUCUGAGUUACCGUAGACUUUGUCAGUUCAAACCAGUCUGGACAUUAUCUUUUGACCUCCCUCAUCAACAAGUCGUUUUUGUCCACAGAACUGCCGCUGACUGGAUGUUUUUGGCACCAUUCUGAGUAAAUUCUAGAGACUGUUGUUUGUGAAAAUCCCCAGAGAUCAGCAGUUACAAAAAUACUCAAACCAGCCCAUCUGGCCAUCAGCCAAUCGUGUGGCAGCAGUGCAUAAAAUCAUGCAGAUAUGUGUCAGGAGCUUCAGUUAAUGUUCACAUCAACCAUCAGAAUGGGGGAAAAUAAUAUCUUAAUGAUUUGGACCGUGGCAUGAUUGUUGGUGCCAGACUGGUUGAUUUGAGUAUUUCUGUAACUGCUGAUCUCCUGGGAUUUUCACAAACAACAUCCAAAAAAACAUCCAGUCAGUGGCAGUUCUGUGGAUGGAAACGACUUGUUGAUGAGGGAGAUCAAAAGGGAAUGACCAGACUGGUUUGAACUGACAAAGUCUACGGAAACCCAGAUAACUGCUUUGUACAACUGUGCUGAGAAGAAUAUCAUCUUAGAAUGCUAUUCUGAGAUGCAGGUUUACUGUUUUGGCGGAACAAGGGGGACUGACACAAUAUUGGGCAGGUGGUUUUAAUAUUGUGACUGAUCUGUGUAUAAACCCAUUAUAUCCUUGAAUAUAUAUCUUUGUGUUCUGCAGAAGAAUGCAAGUCAUUCGAGUUUGAGACGGCAUAAGAAAAAAAAAAGAACUCUGGACAUUCUGCAAAACAUGUUUCAUAUUCUACAGAACAAACAGGUUGAAAAAAAUUGAAGUAAAACAUUAUACUGCGUUGGAGUGACUUGAGGGGGUGUAUAUGAUAAACUCCUUUAAAUUAGACUACACUUUUGUUACAUUUACAUAAGGCCUUCUCAUUUCACUUGGAUGUCUUUAUUACAAAAUCAAAGCAACUACCGAUUUUUGUAGAAAGAAACUCAGUGCAUGUAAAUUGAGAUAUCUGUACAUAAAAUAUAACAAGUCUCUUAAAAACAUACAGGUGUAUAUUUACAGUGCUACAUGAGGAAUGAGAAGAAGCCUUAGCAUGUAGUCUAAUCUGAAACAAGUGGGGUAAGGCGAAUAAAACAAAACCUUUAGUACAGAUUGGUCCAUCAGGUUUCUUUUUUACCUCUAGUUUUGAUUGUCUUGGUUUUUAUCUCAUAGCAAAAAAAAAAAUACAAAAAAAAAUACAAA